GAUAGCAAAUAGGCCAUUUGUGAAUUUGAAACCGGCCAUAAGAUUGUCGACGUCUGCAAAUUAGCACAAAAAUUAAAGACAUUGUUAGGUUUCUAAGAUAUUGUUUGCCUUGUAUAGCGCAAACAGUUUGAAGGCUGGUCUAGACUGGAAACAUGGCUGGAAUAUCCACAGUCUCAUUUUCUAACGAGAAAAGUUCCUCACCAGAAAGCAUCGAUGUCAAACUCUCAGACAAUGACAACAACACCACCAGUGGUUCCCCUUUCCGGGGAAUGGGAAAAGAAGAGCUCUUGCAAUACUCUUCCAAACCCUUCUGGAGACGACUGCGCAUGAUCUGUAUCUCCAUCAUACUUCUGGGAUGGUUGGCGCUGAUCAUUACGGUGGUGGCUCUGGUGUUGAUCUACCCGAAGUGUAAAUCUCCAGAUUCCAGGACCUGGUGGCAAAACGAGGUCGUAUACAGGAUAUACGUCCGCAGUUUCAAGGACAGUAACGGGGACGGGGUCGGUGAUUUGGAUGGUGUGACGUCCAAGUUGGACUACAUUAAAGAUCUGGGUGCUGGCGUCAUUUCUUUAAGUCCGACUUAUGAAGACGACGGAAGUGAUGGAGAUUUUCAUUUGACCAAUCACAUGAAGAUCGAUAAUGCCAUUGGUGGAGAGCAAGGUCUACAAACACUGAUCACUAAAGCUCAUGAGAAAGGAUUGAAAGUCUUAUUGGAUUUUAUCCCAACCCACACCAGUGAUCAGAGUGAUUGGUUCAAGUGGAGCGAAGCAGCUAGAUUUAGAAAUGAUUCGUACCUAAACUUCUAUGUAUGGACGAACACACCAACCAACUGGAAAUCCAUGUAUGGUGGCGAUGCGUGGAACGAGUCCUCUGUUAGAACAGGGGAAUAUUAUCUCCAUCAGUUCCUCCAUAAUCAACCUGAUCUUAAUCUGCGCAGUCCACAGGUCAAAGAAAAACUCAAUGAAAUCUUGGAGUAUUGGUUGAACAAGUCUGUGGAUGGGUUUUACAUCAGAAACAGUGCAUUUAUGUUUGAGGAUUAUGACCUACGUGAUGAACCCAAAUUGUCGUCUGCCACUGGUGACGAAUACAAGGACUACGACCAUAUAUACACGAAGAACCUACCAGAAAUAUACGAUAUGUUUGCAAGAUGGCGCACAACAGUCGAUAAACACAUGAAUAGGGUUCUCAUGGCAGACCCCGAUCCCAAUUCCGCUGUUACAGAAAUGAUGAAAUAUUACGGCCAUUUCCAGAGAGAUGGUGUUCAUCUCCCCCUCAGAAGAAGGCCAUUCGCCUCUAAUUGCAAUGGCCGGUGUGUUGGCAACUACGUCAAUGAAUGGAUGAACAACCUACCUUCGGGUCGUUGGCCCACCUGGUCGUUUGGUGACGAAAGUGUAAAACGACUGGCAUCCAAUCACAACGAAAGUUUUAUUCGCGCCUUUGCCAUGCUGACGAUGCUCUUGCCCGGAACUCCUGUCCUAUACUAUGGCGAUGAAAUCAACAUGAUGGACGUGGCAGAACCAACUUCAUCAACUUCGCGGAAACAUCCAUCUAGGGGACUAAUGCAGUGGGAUAACACACGUAAUGCUGGAUUCAGUAAUUCAUCUUCACCUUGGAUAGCAACAAGUACAGACUACCAAAUUAAUAAUGUUAAGAAUCAGAGUUCAAAGGGCGACUCUCUUCUCUCAUUUUUCAAAAAUCUUACCAUUCUUAGAAGAGAAGAUAGUUUCCGUAUCGGGGAGUACCACUCAGCACUUGUUGAUAACAGUGUCUUCUCGUUUGUCCGAGAAUUCGAUGGAAAAAAAGGAUACUUGGUUGCAAUUAAUUUUGCGGAAACUGCACAAAAACGUGACUAUACUUCAUCUCACAGCACCAUACAAACAAAGGCAUCUUUUGAUUUGACGACGGGUGGAUCAGAAAGUUUUGAUGCUGACACCGAUGUAGACCCGAGCAGUCUCACCCUUGGACCGAUGCAAGGAGUAGUAGUUUCGUGGGAUUAUGUUGCUAAAGAACUUUGAAACCCGCGACUUUCGUUUUUAAUUUUAACCAAGAAUAUAAUAUAUAUUUUUGAAUAUUGUAAGCAAGAAUACGAAUGUCGAAAGCAAUACACGAUCGCUUCCCUUCCUAAAUCUGAAAUUAAAAUACAUCCUUGAAAUAUGCAGACUGAUUUCUCAUGACAAUAUCUUGUCAAUAAAUUUUAAAACAUGUA